UCGGUAGAGUUUUUGAGUUCAUCACCCGCCUUUUUUUCUAUGUCGACCUAAAAAGAGGCGAAGUCUCUUACUCUCGCGGAAUCCGGUCUUGUCUCACGCGCUACCUUCGCCUUCUUACGGUUUUCUAGCGCUCUUUUCAAAGCAGUACUAUUUCAUGGACCUAAAUCUAGGCCCACCGCCUGAAGGCGUAAAUGUCCGGAGACCCGAGCUGGGAGCAACAGCGGGCCGUGCUACUGCUAGGGACAGUACCGUGUUUCCUUCGCGAGUCGGAGAUCUGCAUAAUUCACGAACCGCUGCAUUUCUUGACCGGGUUUCGGACAACGGCGAUGCGCGUCCGUCGUCGCAUUUUGAUCGUGGCGAUGAUUGGCACGAUGACGAGGAAGAACGGCUCGCUGAAUGCAUGCCUCCCUCAGUGUACCGCCGAGAUCACGCACGCUCAGGCCCAGGCAGGCCUCCGCCGUUCGAUCAGCGGCCUUGUUUUACGGGGAGGGAUCAUGAUGACGACACCGUCAGAAGCGCUCGACUGUCAUCGGAAACUGACUCCGCGGGUUUAGACGACGAUUCCGCGGGGCCGCACGACGGCCAGGCGCGCGCGCGCGAGAUGACGGUUUCCGCGCGCACACGGGCGGACGAUCCAAGCUGGAGCAGCGGGUACUCCAACCGGCCGAUGCGAGUCGGAGUCUCAACGACGGGGUCGAUGCGAUCGCGGUCCGGGUGCGGGUGGUUCGACGUGCUGCCGGACAACCUGUGCGCGAAGAUCGCGUCGUUCGUGGUGCACGCCAAGAGCCUCGUCGCCCUCCGAAGCACGUGCUCGUACCUCCGGCGCGUGGUGCAUGUGGGCGGGGCGCUAGUCUUCCUGGCGGAGGACUUCCCCCACCGCGAGGCGGCGGAGAGGGGGAUCACGCAGGCGCUGCUGCAGGCGUCCUCCGCCGUAACCUCGCUCUACGUCGAAGCGCCGCCCGCCUCCGACCCCUUCCAGGAACUGGCAGUGAUGGUGUGGUGCAUGGCGUGUCGCGACACUCUAGAGGAGCUCACCCUGGUGGACGGCACAGCGGACGCACGGAUAAUAAGGCGCCGCCAGGCCCUCGCUGCGGCCAUGGCGUCGGGAUCCUCCCCUGCUGCCGCCCUUGCUGCACCUAGAAACGGUGCUAUGUAUGGCACAGGACCCGGCGCCUGCAGUAGCGUCACUACUGCUGGUACUGCUGCUGUGGCGGUUGCUGCUUCUGCUGCUGCUGCUGCUGCAGCUGCUGGAGCGGGGUCGAGUCAAAGAGGGAGCCAUCAUGCCUUGGGCAACAGCGGGAGCAUUGGUGGAGUAAGCAGCGGCAGCAAUGGCAAUGGCAGUGGUAAUGGCAAUGGCAAUGGCAAUGGCAAUGGCAGCGGUAAUGGCAAUGGCAAUGGCAAUGGCGCUGCUCUCAUUGGUGCCGGAGGCAGUGCACGAUUCAUGCGGUUUUGCCCCAACGCCAGCUCCAACACCAACACCAACGAGGGCGAGGAGGAGGAGGCAGAGGAGGAGCCUCAGGAGUGGAAGCUGGAGCACGCGUCGCGUUGCCACAAGCUGCGCCAGCUGUACCUCGAAAACGCCGUCUUUGACUGUGUGUCAUCGCUGCACUUUGCCUCACUCCGACACCUUACCCUGGCCAAGGUGGUGGUGGGCGGCGACAUGCUGUGCGACCUGCUGGCCUGCUGCCCGCGCCUGGAGGAGCUCGUCCUGCUGCUGUGCUCGGGGAUCAGCCCGCUGGAUCUCAUGCACGCACCGUGUGCCGCACUGAAACGAUUCGACGUCCGCCUGAGCAACCGGGCUGCAAGGAAAGACGCCUGCCUGGAGCUGCUGCGGCUGAAUGCGCCCAACCUGGAGGACCUCGAGUUGGAGGUGGACUGGGCGCCCGAGGGCCGUCUGGAGCACGAGCUGUGGGGCAACAUCCGCAUCGAGUCGGGCGAUCUCCGGCGCAUGUCGCUGGAGCUGGCGGCCGGCUUCAAGUUUCACGCCAACCCCGACGCCUUCACCCGCCUCACUGUGCUCACGCUGACAGGCGACAACUGGAGCUGGGGCACGGUGCGGGCCAUUCUGGACCUGUGUGCUCUCUCCCUGGAGGAGCUGUCCCUCACGUGCUACAUCGACCAGCUCUCCAUGCCGUCCAUCGACUCGGCCGUCGCCUUCUUCUCCUCGCUGCCCUUGCUGCGCUUCCUGCUGCUCUGCCCGUCCGUCUACUACGUUAUGAUCGCCACCUUGGGCGACGCCAAGGUCAUCAAGGCGCCCAGCCUGGAGGAGUUCCACGUGGAGUACCACGACCACGCCAUGGCGGUCAUUCCCUUCCUCGCAGCUUUACUCCGAGGCAGUCCGCACCUGCGCUGCAUCCAGCCCAUGGUCACGGUGCCUCAGGCGCCUGGCACCGACCUGCUGGGAGACAAGGACUUCCGGCAAGAAAUAGCUCGGCUACAGGCUGAAUUUCCAUGUGUUUCGUUCCCCUCCACUUGGCGGCUGGGGUGACUCCGACAUGACCCAGCUGACUUUUGGGUCGGCUCAACAGUCACCUCGGUUUGAUGUCACACACUUUCCCUCCUCCAGGCAGUUGGCGUGACUCCACUUAGUAGCAGCAUGUGUGCCCUUUGAUUCGUAUAAGCCAUGGUUGUGAGCUGGACUGAACCUUGGAUUGGAUAAACUACGAAACCUUGGUGGUGUGGGCUCUAUUAACGCAUUUUGUGUAGUGUGUCAACAAAUAUAUUUAUAUUGGGAACCCAACCA